AUGGCACCAGCCACACCGGAGGAACUGCUGGCUCGACGUAAGGCGUUAAUCAGUCAACGUGGAACGUUUAAAACCAGGAUGACAAAAUUUUAUAAGUAUUUGGUAGAGUCGAAUGCUUACGCAUCGAUUCAGUACGUCGACAAGAACUUCAGCAUAAUUGAAACUGAAGUGGAAAAUAUGCCAGGAAUUUUACGUGAGUUACAAACCCUAGAACCCAAUACAAAUCUUGUGGAGAAAUUGAAAUCGCCAGGACGCACUAUACAUCCUGACGCAAUCCAAGAGAACAGAAACUUCAGAGACAUCAGGUCACCGUCAGUCACGUCACGUUCAUGUUCGUUUGAUUAUUUAAAAACGCUACCAAAACUCGAAGCGAAGAAGUUCGAUGGAAAAUUAUCCAAUUGGCGAGUUUAUAGAAACUGGUUUUUGGUUACAAUUCAUAGAAAUGAAAAUCUCACUGAUUCUCAAAGUUUAGAUUAUUUAAAUCGAACCUGUGAAUGUGAAGCUGCCGAGACUAUUAAGGCAUUCGCAAUCACAGAUGAGAAUUACUCUGUUGCUUUGUCCCUACUGGAAAAUACAUAUGAUAUUCAGUAUGCGUUAGUUCUGAAUCAUUAUGAUCAACUUAUGGAGACUCCAGUCAUGAAGAAGAAUACACCUGAAGAGAUGAAAAAAUUGUCCAACAACGUUCAAACCCAGGUCCUAGCAUUAAAGGCUCUGGGAGAGAACGUAGAACAAUGGAACACCCCAUUAGUACACAUCAUCUUGAGACGAUUAGACAAAGAGACCAGCAGGGAGUGGAAUAGAAAAAUGCAAGGGAGAGAAAUGCCUAAAUACGAUGCUAUCUUGACAUUUUUGAGAGAAGAAGCCACCAGGACAAUUUCUGUUAGCCCUUUCAGUGCCUCUUCCACACCUUUCAAUUCAUCAGUGAAUGGAAAACCCAAACACAGUAAAGAGAAUAAAAAUCGUACUCAAACUCUAUUGACGAACGCUGCUACCAACAGUUGCCCUCAUUGCAAGGGUCAACACACUUUUUCUACCUGCGAGAAGGUACUCGCUCUCACCCCUCUAGACAGGAUUCAGGCUGCCCGUACUGCGGAACUGUGUCUUAACUGUCUACAGAAGGGUCAUAAAACUAGGGUGUGCAAGACGUCUACCCGCUCCACGUGCCACAAGAAACACCACACUAAUCUACAUUUAAAUGAUGAGGAAACAAAAGUAAUGAGAGCUGCACAUCAAGCAAAAACUAUCGCCUUGGUGGCCACUUUGCCAUCUCGAGAGUGCAUAAUUACUGCUGUCGUGAACAUCAUGGAUUCUCAACAGAAGCCUAUUCAAUGUCGAGCUAUUUUAGAUACUGCUGCUGGCACCAAUUUUAUGACAGAAGCAUUGGCCAAUAAAUUGAGGCUUUCACGAGAAAAACUCACAAUAAGAGUCGAAGGAUUGAACGACGCCACUACUGCCGCGAAUUCUCUCGUGAGCACGACCAUUCAGUCAAGACUCACCUCAUUCAUUACAAAUCCUUGA